AUGUACACCAAGAAGGCUCUCUCUGUUGUCGCCUCGCUCGCCCUUGCUGAGCAGGCCCUAGGCUUCAACGCUCAUCGCCACAUCCACCAGGACAAGCGCCAUUUGAAGAUUGACGUCGUCACCCAAUGGGUCACUAUCACUGUCACCGAUGGAGAGUCUUUCCCUUCCGCCACUCCCACCCCUACUCCUACGCCCAUUCCUUCUCCUCAGCCUGCGGUCCCUGAGGCCCAGUACACUCCCACCACCACUUCUACCUCCAUCAUUGUGGUUCCUACUCCUAAUCCUACUCCUACCCCGGUCUACGCUGCCCCUAGCACUACUCUGGUCAAGUCGGUUGCUCCCAGUUCGUCAUCUCAGGCUCCCGUUGCUGAGGCCUUGCCCAACGCCGCUGCUGCCGUUGCCUCUGCGCCUGCUAUUCCUCCUGCCAAGCCCACCACUUCCGCUGCCGCCGCCGUCAACCCCCCCUCCACUGGUGGCAAGCGUGGUGUCGCCUACACCGACGCCAGCAAGGUCAGCCCUUUCUUCACCGGCGCCUUCCCGAAAUUCUCCUGGGCCUACAACUGGAACUCCAUCGCUAGCGGCAUCACUGUCUCUGGUGUCAACUUUGUCCCUAUGCUCUGGGGUCCCAUCGACUCCCACACCGCCAGUUGGGCUCAUAACGCUGAUGCUUCCAUCAAAAAUGGCUCUACUUGUCUCCUGAGCUUCAAUGAGCCCGACAUGCCUUCUCAGUCCAACGUUGACGCCGUUUCUGCCGCUGCCGCGCACGUCAAGUACAUGAACCCCUACUCCAGCUUGGCCAAGAUUGGAGCCCCUGCCGUCACCAACAGCAACAACGCCGGCCAGGGUGUCGACUGGCUCAGGGCUUGGGUCGAUGCCUGUAAAACCGCCGGCUGCGACUUCGACUUCUGCCCCACCCACUGGUACUCCGCCGCCAGUGCUGCAGAAAGCCUCUUCAGCCACCUUGACGCGAUCCACGAGGCCUGUGAGGGCAAGCCCGUCUGGUUGACCGAGUUCGCUCCCUUCGGCUCUGACGAUGAGAUCUCCAGCUUCGUCUCAACCAACCUCCCCAAGCUUGACAGCCUGUCGUACCUCGAACGCUACUCUUACUUCAUGGCUUCCGACGGCAUUCUCAACUCCGGCUCUGGCCUCAGCGCUCUUGGCCAGGUUUACGCCGCCGCCGCCUAA